AUGGUUGAGGAUAUAACCUUUGUUGACAAGAUAAGUAAAGUGUUGGCAAAGUGUGAAGGGCUUACCUUGAAGGAUCUGCUGUUCUCCUGUCGGGGGACCCCAUAUCCUGUCACAGUGUGCAGUGCGGAAAUGUUCCAAGCUCUGGAGGACCUGGAAGCCAGAAGAGAUUAUAUGGUGCUGGUGUCGUACCCCAAAUGUGGUGUGAACUGGCUUAUUGAGAUUUUAAGUGAUUUGAUAUUUACAACUAUCCAGCGUAAACCUGUGAGCACAGAACUACCAUUUAUUGAAUGUGGAGAUCCAGGUAAAUACCAGGUUAAGAUGAAGCGAAUUCCAUCUCUGAGGAUUUUGGCAACACAUCUGAAUUACGACUGCCUCCCCAAGUCUGUUUUCAAGAACAAAGCCAAGAUACUAGUGCUGUUUUGAAACCCUAAAGAUACAGCUGUUUCAUUUUUCCAUUUCCACAACAAUGUGCCAGGCAUCCCCUGUUACAGCUCUUGGGAUGAGUUCUUCUCAGAGUUCAUGAAUGGGAAAGUCAGCUGGGGAUCCUGUUUUGAUCAUGCAGUCACCUGGAACAAACACAUUCAGGAUGAGAAUACUAUGAUUGUAAUAUAUGAAGACCUGAAGGAGAGCCUGACUGCCAGCUUAAAGCAGAUAGCUGAGUUCUUUGGAUUCUCCCCAACGGCAGAGCAGAUCCAGUCCAUUGCAGACAAGGCCACUUUCCAGGCAGUGAAUGAUAAGGCUCAGGAGAUUCAUGGUGCUGUUGGCUCAUUUCUUUUCCGCAAAGGUGUUGUUGAAGACUGGAAAAAUCUUUUCACUGAAGCUCAGAACCAGGAAAUGGAUGCCAAAUUCAAAGUGCGCUUAGAAGGAACUAAGCUGGGAGCAAAGUUAAAAUAUGAUGUGUACUGCAAGGUCUGAACCUCCUUUAUGGAAAAAAACCUCAUGUUCAGGCUGCUUUUCAUUCACUUUUGUGAAAUAAACAGAAACCAGGACAAUACCUGAUUAAAAAAAUAUUGAAAAUGCAUGUAGUUUGGAAACCUGUUUCUGCUGGCUUAACUUACUCAAGCAACCCUUGCUUGUGCAGCUAAUAUCAUUGACUUCACUGGCUUUUCUUAAAUGAUCUGUAGUUCUUUGGCCUCACUUGUUUUUUAACACUGAUUUUUAGCUAAUAAUUAAUUUUAUGUUACCUGAUAGAAUCCUAUGUGGGAUAUAUAUAUGCAGUAGCUAAACCUACUGAAAUCACUGGAAGUAUAUUUGGUACAUUGGAA